AUGUCCAACCUCAACAUCGCCAACGAUGGCCUGGUAGACCUCGAUUAUGAGUCGAGAAACUACCUCCAGGCCUCAGGUUGGUCCGUCUCCGUCGACCAGAACGCCCAGCGACCCGAUGGCGGUCGUGAGAUGCCUCCUCUCCAAACCAGCGGUCACGCCUAUGACCAGACCAUGCCACCAGACGCCCACUUGCUCCCAGAAUGGACUUCCUUUCAGCAGCCGCUGCCCGCCCAGCUCCAUUACUCGCAAGUCGAAACGACCGCGCCUCAAUUCUCCUCGAGCUUCGGUGUCCCGUUGCAGACUUCGCCCGUCGACUUGCUCCCCGUCUCGCAAGCUCCCUUGGACACCAGGGGCCUGAUAGAUGGAUCCUACCUCGGUCUGUCGGCCCCGGUCGAUAUCAUGCCCUUCACCUACCCGGACUUCCAGGAGCUCAUGAGCUUCCCCAAUAACCUGCACGAUCUGACGCCGUAUCCGGGAGCCCCGCACCCCGUCGCUGAGAGCAGUUCUCCCACAGAUACCUACCUCGAGGUCCGGUCCUUGACUAGCUCGAGUAGCGACAAUGGAUGGGCCACUGUCGACCACCGCCAUCAGCUGGACACGUACCCUGAGCAGAGCAUCUUUAUCAACCCCACCCAUACGUUACAUGACCGAACCUUAUCCGAGUCGUCGUAUUCUGAUUUCGAGCCAAACCGUGCUUCGUGGAGUGGUAGUUGGGUUGAUGUGCAGCACCCGAUCAAUUCCCCCGGCUCUGACUCCAAUUUAGAGUCGGUGUACCUCCCGUCAGCGGACCGCAGAAUCUCGCUCGACCAUGCCUCUCAUGGCUCCGUUUCACCAACCGCAGUUAGCCCCAUUGCUAUCACGCGGCCAAUCCCAGUUCCCACCAAGAAAUCCUCAUCACCAAUAAUCCGUUCCCCCGGCUCGCAAUCGCUAUCCUCCUCUUCCUCAUCUGCCACAUCCCCCCCUGGCCGGAAAAACUCUCGCAAGAGCCCAAUAUCUGCCAAAACAGCCGAAACCAAGGUUCGCAAGCAAUCACAGAUGGGCAAGCCAGAGACCACGGAGAAGCGUAUUGGAAAGCGCAAGGGCCCUCUCAAGCCAGACCAGCGAAAGCAAGCUAGUGAAAUCCGGAAACUGCGCGCUUGUCUACGAUGCAAGUUCCUCAAGAAAACUUGUGACAAGGGCGAACCUUGUGCUGGCUGCCAGCCUUCACAUGCCCGUUUGUGGCAAGUUCCUUGCACGCGAAUUGAUAUCAAGGAGAUCGGGUAUUUCAUGAAGGAUUGGAAGGCGGAUUACGAGCGCCACAUCACAAUGGGCUUCUCCGUCGGGAACAUCAAAGGGUUCUCUGAGCAGGAGCGAACUUUGUUUGUCACUCAUGGCUACGGUCAAAUUAUGCCGAUCACUGCCCGUGAAGUCUAUGUCCGCGAUGAAGAAUGCUUCAAUAUGGACUGGGUCGAGGCUGUUGAGCAAGACAUGAGCCAAUUUGAGGUCUCCACCAUGAAACUAUCUGCUGGUAUCGAAGGCAUCUCGCCUGCCCUGUUGUCUGACUACCUCGACCGUCACAUCGAUGGCAACGGCAGUUUUGAAAAGUUCGUCGACGACUACUUCGAGGGCACCCCCUUCCUCACCGAGAUGUUGAAGACUGCGUUCCGCUACUACUUUAGAACCAAACUCCCAGUCAUCCGCAAGGCAUUGAAGCUCAUUCUCGCUUACAACCUAACCCUUCACGUUACCAUGGUUGAGGGUAUUGGUGAAGAUGAGGGCUUCACCGGUAAGAUCCAAGGAGAAAACUCGCGGUUCUCGGGCAAGACCAUGGCACCAGUCAUGAUCAAUUUCCAGAUUAAAUGUGCCAUGGCUUCCAUGUGGCGUGAGCUCCAAAAGGACGUUCUCGAGGAACUUUCUGCCCUUUACUCGAGUGUGUACAGUGGCGAUAAGCUCAAGAAUUGGCCUACUAUCUUUAUCCUGGCUUCGAUUUUACUUGCUGUUUGGGAGGAGAUGCAGUUUGACUGCUACUACCGGGUUCCUGACGCUGCUGCUGUCGACAAAUUUUGCCAUGACAUGGAAUCCACACCCGUUGGUGUCAUUGUCGGUCUUUUCCAGGCCAUCUCGCAGAAGCUUCCCACUUUUGCCGACUGGGAAACUGGUAAACAUCACCAAUUGCUCAAUUCUAACCCCGAUGUGUGCCAAACGAUGACAGAAGUGCGACACCAUGUUACACGACAUGAUUCCUACCUUCGCGGCCGAUCUGGAUCCAAGUUCAACCGCAACGACUUUGACUGCUUGUCAAACAAGUUCCUCUCACGACUAGUUAUCCGCGCGAACUGA